CGCGACAAGUCCACGACACAACGAUGGUAAUCAACAAUCUCCAUCCUGAUGGUAAUUGGUUCAAAGUUGUUUUUAGUUCAGAAGUCCUGGCCAACAGCAGAGUCUAUUUCUAGAACUGUCAUCACUUUAGAACAUCCAUUUUCCCAAAGAAAAAACGCAGAUUACAGGUAUCAAAGCAACACACACGCACGAUUAAGCUUUUCCUGGGAAGAAUUGCAAUGUUUUACUUGGUGAAAAGUGAUUAAACGGCUUUAGCUUACGAUAAAACGUUUAGCCAGCGAUUAGAUUGUGAGGUAACGGUAGCAAACGCUUGAUUCGCAGUCAACACCGGCCCCACGGUGCCUCGUUUUACGGGCGACAACUGGUACUGGUUUCGCGACAGAGGACACUUGUGAAAAACGUUGUAAAUAAUGGUCUCCAACAAGGCACAGACGAGCGAAGGUAACAAACGUGUCGGCAAUCAGAUGGCAAAUCGACCGCGGUUCAAACCGGCCAUGGCCAAGCAGUACAAUCCGAUGAGCAAUAUGCGGAACAUGAACGCGAUGUUCAACGCCAAUCAGCUCGGUGACGAUCCCGGUUUCGUGGACUUCAACGAUGAUUCGAUCACCGCCGCACCGAACGGCACGGGUGGCCCAAAUGCAGCAGGAGCGGCCACCUCCAACGGGCUGGAAGGUGGAGGAAUCAAAAAUGGCCCCUUCGCAAACGGCAAUCGACGGAUGAAUCCGCCGAUGAAGCGUCCCAUGAAGAACGGCGGUAUGCCAGGCAUGCGGAAUCGCAUGAACGGGGGAGCCAAUGGAAUGCCCAGCUGGGGCCCUCCGAUGCCGCCGCCAAACAUGUUCCCCGGUCCACCGUCGGCCGGACGCCGCGGGCCCAUGAAUCCACCGCCGAUACCGCCGCCCGUGCCACCGGCUCAUUUCCGCAGCGGACCGGGUAUGCGUAUGCGGGGCCCACAAAAUGGAAGAUUUGGUGCGGGUGGUCCGCCCGGGCCGAUGUCGCUAAUGAACCGACCGCUACCUCCUCCGAUUCCACCGAUGGCCGGCCGACCGAUGCCCCCACCGAUGGGGCGUAUGAUGCCGCCGCCACUGCGCCACGGCGGCCUGGAUGGUCCGAUGCGUCGCAACAUGAACAGCGGUGGCAUGCAUGCACGGGGCAUGGGUGGAAAGAUGGGACCGUUUGCACGCAACGGUAUGCCACCCGGCGGUGGAACGGGAGUGGGUCCGAACGGUAAACGCGCCCGGCCGAAACCGACCCAGCCACCGAACAGAGAAGAGUAUCCGCUGGAUAAGCCAUGGGUAACCGAGGAAAUUAAAGCCGAACAUGAUAAGAAGGCUGAUCUGGCGAAUCGGUUGAAAGGGCACAGAGACGAUGAGCUUUUCGCACAAUUUAAGGUGCAGCGGGAUAAGUUCGUUAAAAUGUACGAAGCAGCUCGGCUUGAAUACAUUGGCAAGCAUCCGGAACAGGACGUAGAUAAAAUCUUGACCGCGCCUGCCUGUAAAAAGGCACGUACCGAAAAUGUAGAAAAAUCAAACGCGCCCACAGUGUCCGCAGACAGUACUGCUAAAACAGAGGGACCUACUAGCAGCACUUCUACCACUGAUCCCACUGACUCACAGGCCAAGAGUGACACAAACGGUAGUGCUUCUUCCGCUACUAUCGACAGUUGCACUUCUAAUACAACAAAUGCAUCUUCUGCUACUGCUACCACAGCUUCUUCUGACACCAAUGAUACCACUGAAUCGGCAGCAGCAGAACCGCAAGCCUGUCCGGUUGCUGCUCCCGUCGAAAACAGCGCAAUCGUUUAGUAAGACGAUGGUGUGUUGUAAUCCUUAUGGUAAAGCGUAGAUGAAACUUAACGAUCCGUUUUUGCGAUUGAUGAAGAAAGCAAGUAUAAUCAUGUAGAUCGAUAGAGAGGAAAAGAGUAAAAAACCAAUUAUUGAACUUUUAGCAUUUUUUGUCCUGAAUGAAACGAAUGAAAAGGAUAAGGUCGCAGGCCGGGAGUAUAGAGAGAUACCUUGAACACAUGUAAAGCAACACAGAGCAGAGUUUUGUGUUUGAUGAUCGUUGCACAAUGUUUUUUAACCGUUAGACUGACAGCCAAACCCGAAACCAAGUAUGAACACAACAAUAACUAUAUAAAGACUCAUCAUUGCGAGGACAAGCUAUUUAUGCCGUGAUCGGUAGCGCUGUACUCUUCGGCAUCAGAUCAGCAGAGUUCAUCUUUGUAUUGUACUGUUACACGCGUUUGCAUAUUCAGCACACUAUAGCAGAUAUAACAUUAGUCAUGAUGCAGGAACCAAUAGAAUAAUUUCCCUCGUAUGCAGCAACAAUUAUAACCUAGAGAAGAAUAGAUCCCACCAAACGUCUAAACAUUUACAGAAGCCGCAGACGGUCUCAUAGCAUCACUCUGCCACAAUAGCUAGCUUCAGUCAAACGAACGUCAGACGCACGCAAGAUAAUCGAAAACUGUUACACAGAUGUAUCCUUAUGACAAUUGCCAAGUAAUACGAAUUUUAAAACGAGCGAAAACACUCCGCGUUGAUCUCCUUCCUGUCAUCAGCGCAGUGUAGUAGUACAGGUGCAAUGAUUGCUUGUAAUGGAAUUGGAACUGUAACUAUGAGGAAUAUCAUCAUCUAUAAACAUUACCGAACGUUACAUGUCAUCACACAAGUCCCUUACUUUGUAACGGUUUGUAGCAAAAAUAUAUAUAAAAAAUACUACUUAGAUUAUCAGAACCAUUACACCGUGCACGCUAUUGUCGUGAGUCAGAAUCAGGCAGGCGAUAGGCGGUAAUGUAUCGUUUUAGCAAAAUUUAAUGUACGUACGCGUAACGUAUCAUCAAACACCCCGUUAGCCAAUAUGAAAAGAAAAUCAAGGUACAGGACCCGAUGGAUGUACCCGACUGAACUGGAAACAUAAACUCUGUAGCUCUGUUGUCCAUGUAGUAUGCCUGGGAUCCUAUAGUUUGUUAAUGCAUAAUAGCAAGUACUGUACGAAAAAUAUGCAUUUGAUUUGAACGCUCCCUGGACACGCGCUAAACCCCGUUUCAGAAAGGCAAACAAAUACACAUAAAGCUAACAAUCAAUACAAUGUAAUAGCAUGAGAACGCUGAGGAUGCGAGUAUUUAAAAUAUAACAAUGAUAAUUUAAAAUUAGAACGAUGUAACGAUUCAUUCGAUGGCUUUCUUUACGAUAUUGGUUUACCGCGCAACUGAUCGUAGUAUAUGAGUAGUUUCGAUGGUCUCAUUGGUUUGGAAGUAGAAUGGCAUACACAGUUAUGUGAAAUGUUGGUGGGCAGCUAGACAUUUUGCUUAGUUCAAAUUAGGGAGCGUGCACGUUCGCGUUUCGUGGAUCAAUAUAUUUUAAAUUAUUCUCUGUCUUCUUCUGUUAAGGACUGAUCGGUUAAAUUUAAAUGCAAUAUCACGAUUAUUAUUAUCACAACGAAACAGAAGCGUAUAAACGACGAAAUGUUAGAAACUCUAAGGCGUGACUUAAAGAAGACGUAAGUGCAUAACUUUUGUGUGGUGAGCUUUGCAGCACAAUAUUGCUUUACAUUAUGAAUGAUAUUAUGAAUCACAUGAUUGCUAGUCUAGUUUGUUUCGUAUCGGUAAUGCGAUGUAGCAAGUUCGAGAAAAGAAACCGCUCUGCGUUGCUGUCCUUUAGUUCGUGUAGAAGAAGUUACAUUUUUGUUAAUGUGAGCAGAAUUACUAUAAUUGAUAGCGUUAUGUUUUACCGUAGACGAUCCAUGAGAGUGUAGCAGAACGUUUGAAAACAACAUAUAAAAACAUAUAGUUUGCGUAAAAUAAGGAACGGUUUCAGUUUACUGUUUCUUUGUAAUUAUUUUUAUGGUUUCAACAUAUCUGAUGUUUUCAGUUGUCAUAUCGGUUGGCAUUUUAGCUUUUCGUUUAUUUGAUUUGGUUUUUAUAUCUCUUUAUUUUACGUGUCCAUAGUUUUAUGUUAGUGUAGCUGUCUGCAACCAGCUGCACAUAUUAUUUAUUUAGUGGAGUAAUACACAACCAAGCAGCAACAUCCACCUGCUGCAUCUUCUCAGGAUAACAUUAUUUUUCUCUUUCUUGAUGAUAAAUUAGGCAAAGUAUAAUAAAAUUUACGUAUCCUUCAAAAGCA